CUGACGCUCACCUCACUCCUUUGGGUCCUCUACGCCGUUCUCUCUCUCUCUCUCUCAUUUCUUCGGGCUUCAAUGUCUCAGAGUCAAGCAAGAGUUAAAGAUAGGAUUAGUGCAUUAUCUGAUGAACUUAUAUGCAGAAUACUUUCCUGCCUUGAUGAUACACAAUGUGCUGUGAAGACCACCGUUGUGUCCCCGAGAUGGAAGAAUUUAUGGACUUCUCUUCCCAACCUGCACUUCUGCUAUGAUAAAACAGAAUAUAUGAGGGAGGAUGCUUUCCUGACAUUUGUGGAUCGUGUUCUUUUCUUUCGUGACUCUUCAGACAUCAAACUGUUCUAUCUUAACCUCGAGUGUCCCGAUGUGAAUUAUUUUUCUCGUUUUGAAAGUUGGAUUUGCACAGCCAUCAGGCGGAAUGUUGUUGAACUUGAUCUCAAUGUCUUUGUAUUUCCAGACAGUACUUUUGAAUUGCCUCCGAGCCUUUUCACUAGCAAAACACUAGAGGUGUUGAGACUGAGAUCAAAUUUUAUUGUCAAUCCUCCAAAGUCCGGGUGCUUUCCAUGUCUCAAGGUCCUCGAUGUUUAUCUUCAUUAUCCUGACCGUUAUGACUCGUCAUUAGAACGGAUUUUCUCUAACUGUCCUGUCCUUGAGGAUUUGAGAAUAGAAGGUUCUAUUUAUAUUGAGUGGCUAUGUGAAGACCCAUCCUUGAAAUUUACGAUAUCUGCACCCCAACUGAAGAGAAUGACCUUAAAAUUGGAACUUGAUGGGAGUAAGGAAGACUAUGGUAACGUUAUGACGGUUAUGUUUUAUAUUAAUGCUCCAAAGCUUGAAGACUUCAACAUCAAUAAAGGUGUUUUGUCAAUAGUUUCGUGUGACUUUGAUGCCAAGUACCUCUUUGAAGCCAAUAGCGAUGAUAACUUUCGUAGACAUCUCGAUGGUACAAAUGGACUUCUGGAAGCCAUCAUAAAUGCCAAACACUUGUCUCUUUCAACUUCUGAUUCGGAGAAUGCUGUACCUGCUUUUCAUAAUCUGUACCACUUGGAACUGGCUCUCUUGAAUUUCACCUGUUGGGGAUAUCUAAUAGACUUUCUCAAGAGAUCACGAAACCUAUCAUAUCUUGUCAUCAAAAUUGUAGUAAACGCAAAACGUGAGAACUUUACUCCUCCAGAGUUUGUGCCUCUUUGUAUGUUGUCACAUCUCAAGACUAUCACUAUAUCAGGUUUCCAAGGAACGAAGGAUCAAUUGAGAGUAGUUCAGUAUUUGCUCAAGUACAGCGAAGUUCUUACUAAGGUGACUAUUACUGUUUCAUCAGGACUUUCAAGAGCAGAAGAGAAGGCAUUGUACAAAGAAUUUUUAAUGUUCGAACGGGGUUCAAAGACCUGUCAAGUUGAACUACGUAACUAGUAUGCGCUUCUUGGUCUUACCAGGAUAUCAUGUUGAACUGUAACUUAAGAUUUUGGAAGGAACUUUUCUUGAAAUAUUGUAAAAACAUCCCCUGGGGAUAAAAUGUCCAGACUGUCUGCAUUUCUUUGUUUCCCUAGAAUGUUUUGGUUUGCACUCAGCUUCUUAUCUUUCGAGGAUGACGUUCAUACAUCUCUGCGAGUUGACAGUCAUUCAUGAAUCUUAUGCUAAUGUACUCAA